AGGAAGACAUCUGCUGCGUCGCCACUUGCCACCGGUUUUUCUGUACCUGCUGCAGGAAUGUCGUUAUUCCAGCAUUCACCUAUUUAAAUGGCAUCCAAUCCACUUCUCCACUUUUCGAGAAUAUUCUUGCUAGCAUCUCAGGGGUGAAGACAUACCCGCAAUGAAAAACACCUGGUAAAAGCUACGUUGACCUGUCAAGGUCAAAAAGAAGUUCAGUACUCCAAUAUUCCAAGUGUGAGCCGCCUCCAUGGCAAUUAACACCUACAUACCAACAAUGUUGACGCUGAAAUACCAUGUUUCUCUGCCUGUGGCUGUUGGUACCUUAUUUGUUGGCAUUCCAUAUGGCAUUUCCCUUGUCGCCCAGUGGUUGUAUGGAUGGCCAAACAAACCAGGUUACAAGAAAUACAUUGAAGGUCUGAAGCCCAGGCGCAUAUACUGCAUAACCAGAGCAGUACUGGAGAUGUUGAAAUACCUACAGUAUGGAAGGCUCUAUUUCCAGUGGAAGUCCUGGUACAAAAAUGUGGACAAUAACAAGCAUUGUGUGAAAGAUAUCACGUUUGGUCGUAGGGGCAUGAAGUUGGACUUGUACCACUCUCCAGACACAGAACAGUACAAACUCAUGCCUCUGGUGGUGUUUGUGUACGGUGGCGCAUGGGGAUCAGGAGAAAGAAGCACGUACUGUCUGCUUGCUAUUCAGAUGGCUAAGGAACUCAAUGCCACUGUGGUUUGUCCAGAUUACGCCACCUUUCCCAAGGGGAAUGUGUUAAAUAUGGUUGAGGACAUAGCGGACUGCUUGCUAUGGGCAAGGGAGAAAGGCCAUCUGUUCAACAUUGACAAGGACAACAUUGUUUUAAUUGGCCACUCUGCGGGUGCUCACCUAUGCGCUCUGACUACCCUCUUCCUGAUCAGCGGUGCAGAGGAGAUCGGGAUUGAGACCACCAAGCAAACAGACAUUACCUCAGCCAUCAAAGGCAUUCUGGGUUUAAGUGGAGUUUACAACAUCUUGGACCACUAUCAACAUGAACAAAAUCGAGCCAUUGAGUAUGUCUCAACAAUGCACAAAGCCAUGAAUGGCGUGGAAAACUUCCCGUAUUACUCACCCACUCAUCGUAUUAAGAAACUCGAUGAAGAAAAAAUUAAGAGAAUUCCGCCUUUUGGCUUGCUGCAUGGAACCUAUGACAUUAUAGUCCCUUUGGAGUCGUCUGUGAGAUUUUCCGAACUCCUGACGUCCCUCUCUUUGAAGGCAUCUCUUUACCUUCUGCCUAAAAUGGACCACACAGAGAUGGCCACUGACCUGAUGGCACCAGACAGACAUUUCUACCACACCAUAUAUGGCUGUAUCAAACAGGAGUACAGUAAAUUUAUGGAAAAAUGCUGAGCCAUUCGUUCCUACAAUAAAAAACGACCAAGUGCUUAAUUGCUGUCAUUUUCUGACAUUCUGACCACUUUUUCAAAACUACCUGAUUUUCUACACUGUGUAGUAUUACAUUGGACAUUUUGUUACAAAUCUUUCUCUUGCAGUUGAACAGUUGUAAGGUAUUCUCUGUUGAGAGCUUUCCUCACAUGUUUGAAUACAAUAAGUUACUACUGAACUAAUAAAUUAAUUGUAUAAAGAUG